GUGGAGUUCGUUCUUGUGUUCCUUUUCAUUUUCAUCAAAAUGAGUGCGUACACCUCAGUAUUUAUUCCGGAUUAAUUUUUGUUUCCAUUCACCGAGCCACCUCCACUAUCAGAUGAGUGCUCAGAGGCGGGCAGUUUUAUCCCGGACAAGAGUAGCUGCAACGGCUACUACUUGUGUUACGAGGGUGACGACGGUCAAAUGCUACUCCAUCAUGGCGAUUGCCCCGUUGGUGGCUUCUUCUAUGUCAACGAUAAUGGUAUCGGUGUUUGCAAGCCCCGAUCUCAGGUGCAGUGCGAUUACGAUCGUUGCGUUAAUCUUGGCUAUACUAACAUCGAGCUGGCGAACGAGUCGAAUGAUGGAUGUAAAGGCUACGUCUUAUGUCAAGAUGGUGUCUCAAUUUUCAAGGGCACCUGUCCAAACGGCGAGUACUUCAAUGAGCUGACUCAGCGAUGCACUACUCAAGUCAUAUCUUAUACGGCCUGCGUCAUGACACGAACAUAAAUAAGUGUGAGCCUCAACCAAUCAAUUUCACAUAUAUGUAGUCUUUGCCCAUUAGUCUUAUAUCUGUCUUAUAUC